AGACUGCAUCUUCUUCAUCACAGCUCAGGCUGGUCGUGUCCCUGGUGCUUCUUCUUGUCCUCACUGUCGAGCUCUUCUCCGGCGGAUUAGCUGAAUCUAAACGGAUAAGGACCCAGAUGUCAUGAAUAUCCAUCUUCCAAAUUAGACAUGAUAUUCAAUGUUCUGAAUACUGGCUUACUGGAAAGCAAUGGGAAAAUCAAUUCUAGGCUCCUGCUGUGCCACUAAAACUCUUUGAUGGGUAGACAGACUUUGUGGUAAUAGAUGCCAUGGAUGAUUGAAAGUGCUCUUGAGGGUGCUGUAAACACAGAGCUGUAUCCAAAAUGAGCAAGCGAGGAGAGGCCUUUGGUGAGGGGGAGUUAAGGAACAACAACCAGCAGGGUGGGGUGCUGGCUGAUGGUGAUGCCAACGCCAAUGAAAUCCAGACAGAGGAUGGUGGGAUGACGGGGGAUACCAGCACUCUGUCAGGACUGAUGACUGAAACAGUACAGCAGGACAAAGUUAUCAUCUGGGGGACGGACUCCCAGUGUGACGACCCAGAGCUGGCUGAAUUUGAGAUGUUGGAGUGUCAGGAGCUGGAGGCCUACCUGGUUGAGGAGGGGGAGGACUUUGUUGGCCUUGCAGACCGGAAAGAGCUUCAAGAGCAGCCUUCAUCAUGCAGUAAAGCUACAGUAACAGAUUAUAGUAGCAGGGAAGAGAGAAAGACAAUUCUGCAUGGCACCAAUGAGCAGGAAUCCAUUGCCUCUCCUGUCUCUGAAAGCAAAGAGGUGUCCAGGACUGAGUUAAGCUCAGAGACCGAUAUCUUUGUGACUUGUCUGUCCACCAUUUCAAGCAUGGACACUGCUAUGGACACUGCUGGCAGGACCCAGACAACAGACUCCUGGCACAUUGCCUCUUGUCCUUACUCAAGCAUCUCAGAAGAUUUGACUUUGGUUUCCCAAACUGUCACUGAGAAAGGCAAGGCCUCUGAAAGAGCCAAUCAUUCUUCCCUCUCCUCUGGAAAAAGCACAAUAAACAGAAAAGAUGUGGACAUGAAUUUGAAUUCAGUGGGUCAAUCAGAGAAUGAAGAAGUGAGCAAUGGACUUGUUCAGUGUAAGGAUGUCAUUGAUGAGCACAGGGCAAACAAUAACCAGAGAAAUAAAGCAGAGAAUACCACUUCAGAGGUAGACUGUGAUCGAAGAAGUACAGAGCACAAGGGUUUACUCGCUUUAAAAACUACAGAUGAGGAAAGCAACACUAAAAUGGAUAAAAGCACACAAGCGGGUGAAGCCCCUGAUGUGAACUACAGCCCACCCAAAACAGGCACAAAGGGGACGCAGUCAUCAAUUGAAUCCAAAGCUAUAAAGAAACAAGGAUCAUUUGAUAACUCAUUGAAAAAACAGAACUCUUUUGACAAGAGUUUGAAAAAGCAGCCAUCAUUUGAGAAUACUUUAAAGAAGCAGCUCUCCUUUGAUAACACCUUAAAAAAGCAAGGCUCUUUUGAGAACACUGUCCCCUCCAGCUCUUCAAGUCUGGAGAGGAGGAAGCCAUGGGGAAGCCCCAGUCGACCAGCAACUCCUACUUCAUCUAAAACAACCUCCUCCUCCCCCAAGAGACGACCACCUGGUUCUCCAGCCAAGGUCCAGAGCAUCAGGGCACUGAGCUUGGAGCGCAGCGACUCCCCUCAGAGGGGUUUGAGUCAAACAGUCAGACCUCCAGCUAAGACAAGUUUGAGCAGUUGCAUCCCCAAACCUGUCAUGUCUCAGCAGAAAGAGCCUGAACCCAGGAGGUCUUCUCCUCCCCAGAAACCCAAAAAUGUUCGACCAAAAAUCAUCACUUAUGUAAGAAAGAAUCCUCAAGCAAAACCUCAAAUGACGGAUGCCCCACUUGAAGCCUCUACACACCCGCUAAGACUAUCUUCUUACUCAAGCCCACCAGCUCAUAAAGAUCCAAAGGCUGGCCCUCAACCUAAAUCCACACCGGUGCUAUGUUCCUCCAACCUGCUGUUUGACAGAUAUCGACAGGAGAUGCAGAAAGCAGGGUACUGUCCACCAGGCAUGGCUGCGACUGCGGUGAAACCUCCAAGCAACACUGUCCCUCAAAGGCUGAGUGGGAAGUCGGGCAGUUUUCAUGAGGAUAUGCCUGAGAAGUAUCUCCAAGAGCAUGUUUCCCAAGAAGGAGGCAGUGUGUAUCGCUCACCUAGGGCUCUGAGGCCUCAGCUGGGGUUGGGGGCAGUCACGAGGCAGCCUGCAGCCAAGACAAGAGUUCAGCAGUCAGGUCAAAGGUCAGCCCAGGCCCCAGGCCAGUCUGCUCAGGCAGCCAGAGUGUCAGCCCAAGGCCACCAGGACCCUGCAGGAGAGCAAAAGAGGUCAGGAGAAAGAGGUCCAGAAACUGCCCCUAAGAGUGUUCUCCUCAAACCAGGCCAGUCUGGUCUCCGACCACCAGGCUUCUCUGCCCUGCCACCUGCCCGUCUGGCUGCCUUUGGCUUUGUCCGGAGCUCUAGUGUCUCGUCUGUGUCCAGCAACAUGUCGAAUGACAGCAGUCACAGUGAUCCCUGCCGACUCUCUCAGCAUCCCAGCAGUGGCAGCGAUGACACUCCGCUCCACAAAGCCACAGCGCCCCCCAGUGAAGCCUCCCAUGCUCAGAGCAGGCCUCAGCCUCCCAAUGCCCCCAGCCUCCAGCGCCGCAGUCUACCGCCACAGCGCUCCUCCCCACUGGCCUCUAGGAGAGAGAUGCAGAAAGACACAGAGGCUGCGAUGCCACCAAAGUCCUCUCCGAAAAGAUUUGCUGUGGUUUCGCCCAAGCCACAGUCCCCUGUUCGUGGGCAAACAGCAGCAGGUCACGGUGUCGUCCGGACUGAAAGGGCCCAGGAGUUGGACCGCGCUUUGAUCCAGCAGCUGCGGGAACGCUGUGAGCAGCAGGACCUGCAGCUGCAGAGCCUUCAGGCCCAGUUAAAGAAGGCCUCCCUGUGCCUGGAUGUUUUCAGCAUCACUACCCAGCACUUCUGUCACAAGACUGAGAGUGCCAUUGUGAAGGAGAGGGAACUGUCCCUGGAGCUCGCUAGAAUCAGGGAUGAAGUGGCUUUCAGUGUUGAACACUGGGAGCAACUGCAGCAGGAGAAGGAGGAGCUGGAGCGUCGCUUUGAGGCUGAGCUGCAGGGAUUGCAGGCUCAGCAGCAGAGGGAGCUGGGAGUGCUGGAGGAGCAGCUGAAGGCACAGCACAUAGCCGAGGCUGAGAGCCUGCAGGCCCAGCAACGAGCCGAGCUGGAGGAGCUACAGGUCAAACAGCAAGAGCAGAUUGAGGAGAUGACUGAGAACCAUGAGGCUUCCUUGAUGGAGGUAGAGACAGCUCACAAUGACACAUUGGCCACUCUGCAGGAGGAGCAUGCCAGGACUGUGAAGAAUCUGAAGAUGGCCCACGAACAGCAGACGAAGUCUCUGCAAGAGGAGUUUGAAAAGAUCAGACUGUCUCUGCAGGAUCAGGUGGACACACUGACGUUUCAGAACCGUAGCCUCAGAGAUCGAGCCAAGCGCUUUGAAGAAGCUCUGCGCAAGAGUACAGAUGAGCAGAUUGUGGAUGCUUUGGCACCAUAUAAACACAUUGAUGAGGACCUGAAGAGUCUGAAAGAAGUUCUGGAGAUGAAGAAUCAACAAAUUCAUCAACAAGAGCAGAAGAUCUCAGAACUGGAGAAAAUACAGGCUGAAAAGAAUGUGUACCUGGAGGAGAGACUGCAGGUGUUACAGCAGCAGAACGAGGACCUGAAGGAAAGAAUAGACAAGAACCUUGCUGUGUCCAGGCAACUCUCUGAGGAUAAUGCCAACCUGCAAGUGAACGUGGAGAAGGAGAGUAACGAGAAGAAGCGUCUGAGUCGCACUAACGAGGAGCUGCUGUGGCGUCUCCAGACGGGCGAGCUGAGCCCUCGCAUGUCCCCCACCUCAUCCCCCAUCCAUCGACACUCUGCUGGACCAGGCUCUCCAGCCCGCCCACACUCCUAUCAUCAAUGACACUCUCAAUGGAAGGUCUUGCAUCAAACGCUUUCUUUUAUCUGGCAUCGGAAGCCCCGAUUUGUUUUUAUUGUUGAAUGUUACUAGGAUUUUACACUAUGUAGACAUACUUUUUGGGGAAGAUGCUGUUUAGCCAUGUGGUGCAUUUCCAAAGUCAGCCCCGAGGAAUUUUAAUCUCUGACCUAUAGAAUUGUAUUAAUGAUCAAAAGGGAAUUCUCUGGCCUCCUCUUUCUCUAUUCCAUCUGAAUGGCCCACACAACGGACGUGCUGUGAUACUGCAGUGGAUGAAAGACCUGGUCAUUGUAGACUUCAGAGAGCAGGAUCAGAGUAAAGGUGCCUCAUUUCCAUGUUUUCGCCUCCCAUCUGCAUCGCCAUCUUCUCAUCCAGCGCUCAGGACGAUGGAUGUAAGAGACACAGCAAACAUCAAAAGUGUAUAAAAUGAACACAAGAAGCGCCUUUGCCGUCCAUUCUCUCCCACCAGCAACGUUUAUCAAGGCACAGGCAAUAGUUUGAGUAAAAAUCACAAAACUACCUACAGUGCGUUACUCUCAAAGUGCGGAUUCUUCUUUGGGAUAUGUUAUCCUAUUCAUGCUGAACUAUCAUACAUCAGUAGUGUAUGAAUGACUACACAUCUAACCUCAAUCAUCCAUUCUACAUUUUCCUUGAACAACUAGAUACCAGUAUUGACCUGAAACGUAUGACUACAACAACAUAACAACUCAUAAAUCCAUUGAACUGCCAACACACUAUAACUGUAGUAUCAAUUCUAAUUGUGUAAAAACUGUACAUGUAUUGCUCUCUUUAAAGCAUGUUCUGUCUUCCAGUAAUGACUUUUGUUUUAGGAUUACCUACAGUGUGACAAUAUGGAGCAGAGGGGUGAAGGGGCAACGAAAGUUACCUCUUUUCCUAAUGAAACAGACCAGGAUUUUUUUUUUUUUUUUUUUUUCAAAUGAAACCAAGAAAUAAAUCAUCGUGCAUUGCAGACGAAUCUCACUUUUUUGUGAGAUGGUGCCCCUCACCUUCAGUCGGGUUAAGGAAAUAUAAUGAGUUCCCACAAAAACGCAGGAUCUGUAGAAGCCACCAAAGAGGAAGUCAUUAAACACAGCUGUUUUUAUCAAGUACUGUAGGUGUCAUAUGUCUGGAGUUAAGUGCUGCAGAAUCAGCCAUAAAUGGUGCAGUCAUUGCAGUCAAAAUAUUCUGACUUGAACACAUGUAAAUGCAACAUGUUCAUUGUGUCUCAUUGGUUCUUUUUCUUUCUGUAAGUGUACCUUAUCAACACUCUUGCAGCUGACUCGAAUGAUUCCUUUCUAUAUUGCUGAUUGUUUUCUGUGUUUUGAAACUCACCACAGAAAACCUGCUGAGUAAAUAUGAUGGGAAAUUGUUUUGGCUUCUAAACAUUCAUUCUCUAUUUGUACCUCCAGGUUGAUGUUUGGCAAAAUUCCUGCUGAGAUGGAAAAAUACAAAAUCGGUUGAUUUACCUAAACAAGUAGGAAAACAAUGAAAAUCUGCAAGCUGUUACCUCAUUUCUCAUUGUAGAGAAUAAUCUCAGGUCUUGAGGAGGAUUACGAGUCAUCGAAGGGAAGCAACUGCCAUAACUUUUUUCUGUAUUUAUUGUACUUUUAUUUAAGCUUUUGCUCAUGUUUACAUAACCAUUCAGCUCAACUGUCUGAUUUGCAAGAUAUCCUUUGUAUAAAAUGAUUUGGAUGUACAGAAUAUGUAUAAAUAUUUUAAAGAGCAUAGUGCAGUCAGCAAAUAUAUACAAAUACAUUGAAGAAGUAUUGCUUUACUAUUAUAGUAUGAUAUAAUAAUCAGCUCCCCCAUACAUAAAAUGUGGAAAUCUGCUUGAACAAGGAUUCUGUUGCAGGUGAGGUUGCUUAUGUUUAAUUUGAUGGGCUUUACUAUGUUCUGAAAGGGUGGAAAUGAUAUUUCUCUCCAUCAGGUACUCCAAUUGCACUGAUUGCCUCUGUGUCCUGUGGACAUGACCUUGUACUCAUUUACUGAAUGUUUGUCCGACACUAGAAUUAAAGAGGUUUUGUUUACAGUUUACAUCCAAUGUCAGAGAGGGAUGGUGUUUCAUGUGGAUGUCGAUACUUCUGUUGAUUGUUUACAGGACUUCUGUUGUAAAGAUUGUAUUCAGUAUUUCAGAAAUUCACACUCUGGAUGAGUUUAUAUGAAAGCAUGUCUUUAUACGGU